CUUACUUUUGGUUGACAUCUGUAUUUGAAAUCUGUGCACACACAGGCUAGGAAAAGACCCCUCUACUGCUCCACAUCUUGACGCUUACACCAAACGAGCAGGAUGUUUCGUCGUAAAUUAUUAAUUGGAGCUGCAAUUUGCGGAGGCUUCUUGCUGAUGUAUAGUACACUGGUUACGGAAUCAACUAUACAUGCAUAUUCAUAUAUAAGAAAGAAGUACGAUGUUUAUCCUGCAGCCGAUGAAUUCGUAACUGGAUCAUCUUAUACUUCAUCUGAGAAACAUCGAACUGUGUCAAACCAUUCUGGUCUUUCUAACCGGUGUGUUAGAUAUUUUUCUGUAUGGUUAGGGCCGUAUGGAGUUUGGACUGAAUAUGCUGCUAUUGAGAAUCUCUUAAAAGACACGCAGAACCAGAAAAAUACAUUUAAUAACAAUAAACUGAGCAAAGAACAUCCCAGUUUUUUUCUAGAAUGUCCAGAAUUCGCUUGCGAUGUAGUCAUAAUAGGAAUGCAGUCAAUAGAAAAUCGCACUGUACUGGAACACAGCGAUGCUAUAUUUUUGAAUUUCGAGACUGAAGUGCAUAGAAACAAAACACGCGAAAUUUCAGAACAAUUAAUAAAGGACCUGCCACCUCACAUAAAAAUCAUUUUUUAUUCCAUGGAAAGUCCACUGAUGCUGAAUUUCUUUGAUCCACAUAUUGACAGAAUCAAGUAUCAUUUUGACAUGACUUAUCGUUCCGAUACUGAUAUACACCUUCCGUAUGGUCGGUACAUUUCUGGAGAGCCGACAGACAGAGAAUUACUCAACUACGCCGAAAAUAAAACUGACCUUCUUGUGUGGGUUGCCUCCAACUGUAACAAUACAUUUUGGCCCCGAACUGAAUGGGUAAAAAAUCUAAAGAAAUUGAUGACACUUGAUACAUAUGGCAAAUGUGGUAGGAAAACUUGUCUUCCUCGAAUGUCCUCAGAGUGCACCAGAAAGCAAUCCCGUUAUAAAUUCAUCCUCGCCAUGGAGAAUUCACCUUGUGACGGAUAUGUGAGCGAAAAGUUUUGGAAUAGUGGCGUCAUGAACGGGGUAGUCCCAAUCGUUUAUGGCGGUACACGUGCCGCGUAUGAGCGCGUAGCGCCCCCCAAUUCCUUCAUCCACAUCGGUGACUUUUCCUCGCAGCAGGAACUUGUAAACUACCUCCUGAAAGUGGACAAGAAUGACAGUCUGUACAAUGAAUUCUUUGCCUGGCGGAGACAAGGUCACGUUGAGGUAAUCUACCCUGAAUUGAAGCCUCAGUCUUUUUGUAAAGUCCUCCCAAAACUGUCUGAAUUGAAAUCGACUCCUACCAAGAGUGUUGGGGAUUCAAAUUAUUUCCAAAGUUGUAGAGGAGGUGCCAAGAGACCAUUUACAGUCGAUGGGGACAUAGAAAACUGGACCCCAUGGAAGUAAACACGGACCUAUAUUCUGAAGAAGCAUGCUCUCAUCAGGACCCCGUCUUACAAAGAGUUGCGAUCGAUCUGAUCAACCACAACUAUGGACGGCCAGCAACGUCAACAUCUAUUAUGUAUGUUUGUUGAAUAUAAUUUCAAACUAUGAUGUAUAUUCAUGCAUCCAUUAUUUUCUUGAAAAUUCUCAGUGCUUCUCUUUGUUUACAAAGGAUAUUGUGCAAAUUUCCUGUAGAAAAAAUUAUGACACUGAUGGAUUUCCAUAGAGUAACCAUUGAUUGGAUCAAUCGUAACUCUUUGUAAGACGGGGCUCUGAGGUACACUUCAGAAUAUUAUAAUUAUAUUUUAAUAUGUAAAGAGUUCCGAGAUAAUUAUUUUUUCUCAAUAUAAAGCAUGUAUUUGGAAGUACCUUUGAUUUUUGUUGUUGUUGGUAUAGUAUGGUAUAUGGUAUGGUUUAGGUCUUGCCUGAAAGUCACUGAAUCGCACAUGGAUACAAUAAAAUGUUAAAGUGUAUGACAUUGUAUUUACAUA